AUGGCUCGUCAGUGGUCUAUUCACCAACUUGAUGUGAAAAAUGCCUUUUUGCAUGGCGAUCUGAAUGAGUGUGUGUACAUGCAUCAACCUCCCGAGUUUGUUGACAAGCGUUUUCUGGGCCAUGUUUGCAGGCUUCGCAAGGCUCUAUAUGGUUUAAAACAAGCUCUAAGGGCUUGGUAUCAGUGGUUUGCUAAAUUUCUCUUGCAGAUGGGGUUUGUCAUUGCUAAAAGUGACAAUUCAUUAUUUAUUUUCCGACAUGGGAAAGACAUGGCAUAUUUGCUAUUAUAUGUUGAUGAUAUUUUGUUGGUUACUUCCUCAAAUCUGUUAUGUGACCGCAUCAUUUCUCACUUACGCACUGGAUUUCCAAUGACUGACUUAGGUCCACUCAAUUAUUUUAUGGGCAUUGUUGUUACUCGUACUCCUUCAUAUAUGUUUUUGUCUCAGAAGAAAUAUGCACAGGAGAUUCUAGAGCGCGCAGGUGCACUACAGUACCUCACUUUCACUCGCCCUGACAUAGUUUAUGCAGUCCAGCAGGUGUGUUUAUUCAUGCAUGAUCCCAGACAGGCUCAUUAUGAUGCAUUGAAACGCAUUCUGCGUUACAUUCAGGACUCCAUUGAUCACGGGUUACACUUAUAUCCUUCUUCAUCCAUGCACUUGAUUACUUAUACUGAUGCAGAUUGGGGCGGGUGUCCAGACACCCGUCGUUCGACCUCGGGUUACCGUUGCUUUCUAGGGGAUAAUCUCAUUUCCUGGUCGUCUAAGUGUCAACCUACUUUUUCAAAAUCUAGUGCAGAGGCUGAAUAUCGAGGCGCCGCUAACGUUGUUUCUGAGGCAUGUUGGCUUUGUAAUCUACUUUUGGAGUUACACUGCCCUCUUCGGUAG